AUUAACAGUGUCCGUUUGCUCGUUGAAGUGUACAGACAAUGUCGUUUCAAAAACUUAGAAUAUUAUUUUUAUUAUACGUUUAUUUACACUGUGAUUUUGUGGAAUGUGCCAUGAAAAGCAGCCUUGUGUUUGUUAUAGAUGACACAUAUUCGAUGAGUGAUGAGAUAAGGCAAGUGAAACAAAAGACGUAUGAAGUGUUCGACGCUGUGCUGUCGUCGAAUGGAUCGGCCAUAGACGAUUUUGUUUUGGUCACUUUCAAUGAUCCAGACACUCAGUUAAGAAUCACCACAACAGACAAAGAUGCAUACAAAAGAGCAGUGGAGGCGAUAAGAGUGCAUGGUGGGGAUGAUUGUGAAGAAUAUGCGAUGUCGGGAAUCGAACUGGCUCUCGAGAACAGCAAGCCGAACUCAGUCCUCUACGUGUUCACCGACGCGUCUGCUAAGGACUAUGAAAAAUUUGAACGGGUCAAAAGUUUAAGUCUGAAAAAAUCCACUCAGGUCACUUUUCUUCUGACCGGCAAAUGUGGUGGUACUACUACGCCGGACUAUGUCGUAUUUGAAAAAUUGGCUGAAGCUACUUCAGGACAGGUGUUUAAUAUUGAACGCCAAGAUGUUAAUAAGAUUAUUGAUUACAUCAUAGCAUCGAUCAAACAUAAAAAGACCACAUUGACCCAAAAGACCUUACAGAGUAGUGACGUCAAUAAUGUGGAGUUCACAGUUGACAGUAAAAUAUGGGAGGUGAUGGUGUCCGUAUCGUCUGAGUCGCCAGAGUUUCGUGUGAUUGCUCCUGAUGCUACUGAAGUGCCGCUUGAAGUAGUUACAUCCACACCAAGCUCGAGGGUUGCUAAAUUAGAAACAAAGCCUGGCCUCUACAGGGUUAUCUUAAACAACGCGAGUAGCAGAAAACCAACAUCAGUGAUCGUCACUGGAUCAACGUCUGUGACCUUUCAACAUGGGUUUUCGACAUUUAAACCUUCAACUAUUAAUGAGACAUCGACCAGGCCUAUUCCUGAUCAGCCUUCGAUAUUGUCAAUUGAAUUAGAUAACAAUAACAGGGACGUUAUAUUAAAAACGGUUCAGCUUAGAGAUGAAAAUGAUAAUUUGAUUAAAGAGCUGCUUUUGAAAAUGGUAAACGAAAAGUCGCAGUUUUACGUGACUGAAGAAUUUGAACCACCAAAUGUUACAUUUAAAAUUUGGAUAAACGGUGAAACUCCAACUGGUGAAAAAAUACGCAGAGUAGCAGCGACUACCGUAGAAUACCAAAAGCCUGAAUUAAUUGCAGAGACAACAAAAAGCAUGCCACCUAAAGUAACGAUAUUAGAAGAAUCCACAGUAUAUGCGGAGUUUGAUAAACCUUUAACAGUAUAUUGUAAAGUUACUGGUUAUCCUAAGCCAGAAAUAUCAUGGCAGGAUGCUACAGGCUCUGAACUACCAUCAAUGGUAAACGCAGUUGAACUUCCUUAUGAAUACGUAAGUGUUCUCGACAUAGCCAAGAUUUGGAAGAAUGAAACAGUAACUUGCAAAGCAAGUAACGCUUUGGGACACGAUAGUAGUGCUAUCAAUAUUGCACUCUUAAAUUACUUGAACGUGCUACAAUAUCCUACAGAUACAACUAUUGAAUAUGGUGCAACAGAACAUAUGGAAUUAAAGUUUGAUGCAUUUCCACCAGCUGAGAUAACUUGGCAUAAAGGCGAUGAAAUCCUAGACAACGAUGAAAAUUAUCAGAUUUCUGAAGACAGGCUUACUUUAACGAUUAAAAAAAUGGUGCCAAAAUUGGCAGGCAGUUACGGUGUUAUCGUACAUAAUGAUAAUGGUCUGGAGCAGUAUGAAUUUAAUGUCAUUAUAUCGGGGCUAGAAGCUCCAGUAAUAGACAAAACUGUUAAUGAUUACCACACAGUAAAUGGCGCAAGCGUGGAUUUAUCAUGCAGAGUUCUAAGUGGCCGACCAGAGCCGAUGUUUUAUUGGUCAUUUAAUAAAAACUUUGAUUAUGAUUUAUUCAAAGACUUACCAAAUGGAUCACAAUACAUCUAUCAUAUAGAGAGAGUCACUCCAGAGGAUUCCGGAGUAUACAGAUGUUUAUCCAGGAAUGAUAUUGGAGAAGACGUCCAUGAAAUCUUUUUAUUUGUUGAAUAUCCUCCAGUUGUAGAAAUGGACGACACACACAAAAUAGUUAAGGAAGGUGAAUUGAUUCAACUACCCUGUUAUGUCAAAGGCGAACCAAAUCCUUCAGUGCGUUGGCUUGUCAAUGGGUUGGCGAUAGCUGAAACAAAUCAAUACAAAAUUUACAGAGACAACACCUUAAGUUUCAGAGGUACAGUUAAUGAUGCAGGCACCUAUACUUGCGAAGCAACCAAUCCUUUAGGUAGUUCACGGCGGGAUGUACGUUUAGAUAUUUUUGUUCCUGUGAAGAUUGAGUCACCAAAACAAAGUAUCAUAGAAUUGAAAGUAGGGAACCGGUUGAUGCUGCCGUGCGAAGCUGAUGGAUAUCCGCAGCCAGAAAUAUCUUGGACGUACUUUAGCAAAAACCCACUGAUCAAACCAAGAAUUUUAGAAAAAGAAGCAAGAAACUCUUUUGUAUUAAACAAUGUACAAAUUCAUGAUGAAGGAUUAUACACGUGUGUGGCGACGAAUACCGAAAGUGUAGCUAAUAUAACCUAUGAAGUCAAUGUUAGAGCUGCUCCAGUUAUAACUAACACAAAAGAUAAUUUAUUCAAGGCGGUUAAAGGAGAUUUAGUUCUACGAAUACCUUGCAAAGUAACUGGUAAUCCAAAACCUAUAGUUACGUGGCAAUUUGCUAAUGGCCUGAAUAUUAUUACAGGUUCUGAAUUGUACCAGGUUGAAGAAGAUGGUACCCUAAUAAUAAUGAAUAUAGAUGAAAAAGAUGCUAACAGAUACGUUUGUUUAGCUGAAAAUUCUCUGGGAGCGACCUCUAAAACGUUUGAAGUUAUUGUUGAUGAUGCUCCGACUACAGACACUAAAAAAGAAGUAGUGCUUCUGGAAGAGGGACAUUCGCUUAGAAUUGACUGUGGAAUACCUCAUAUAAAAAGCUUCUUAAUACGCUGGUUUAAGGAUGGUAGAAACAUGAAUAUAAGCGAUCUUGUCAUCAAUAACGCACAAAUAUCUGACACUGGUUUUUAUAGUUGUCGUGUAAGCAAUUUUGAAAAAUCGCUUUCGUCUCAUACUAAAGUCAUAGUUGGUUAUAAACCCAGAUUUACUUAUGAGGAUGAUACAGAUAUAGAUUUCAGUGAAGGUUCAAUUACUGUUUUAUCAUGCAAAGCUGAAGGUCAACCAGAACCUUGGGUGAGCUGGUGGAAAAACAAUCAAGCUAUCGUGGAAACAAAUAUGGAUCUCAUUUUGGUAAUGAAACCUAGCGACAUUGGUCAAUACACGUGCGCCGUUAACAAUGAGUUUGGAACUAUUUAUCGAACUUUUAAUAUAUUAAGUAGAAAAGAAUGUGUGUUAAAUACAAAUAACGACUUUAAAACGCACCAGCCAUUAUUAUUGUCACCUGAACUGACUUCCCUCCGAAGUGAUAAUGGAAUUCUAAGCAUACAAGCUUCACACAACAUACUAAUGAUAUGCCCAAACACUUUUAUAAAUAUUGACGGUAUAAAAUUUGGAGAACAUUUAAAUGGCACAUGUGUUGACGGUUCUAUAUUUAAUAUAAAUGGAAAUCCUGUAGACAUUACAAAUAUCAGAUGCAAUGAUAAAAUUGUUCCGUUAACAAAAAGCACUACAAUUCGUUGUGGUCCAGGAAAUACGAAGUUGCUGAAUAUUGGAUACAGUGUAGGAUUUGAGUUUAUUGGCAUUUAUGACGUGUGUAUAGAGACACGACGCAAGCGUCCACUGUACGCUAAGCAUGAGAUGCAUCCAUUGGCUGCAAAUGCGGUUCCAAAUGAAGCAAUAGAUUACGUGGAAAGUAGAUAUUUACCAUAUAAAUUUGAAGAUAUGUAUAACUGUCGUGAACAACGCGAUAAUAUUUUGUCUUUAACUGGGAAACGUUUGAGCACGAACCAUAAAUGCUGCUUCGCUAAACGACAGUUGGUGAAUCCUAAAGACGUGAUACUAGGCUAUCAGCAAGUGGCUACGUACAGUUAUUUGAAUGUUAUACCAAAAUGGGGUACUUGUGGAGCUGAGAAUUGGGAUGAUGUGGAGGAGAGAAUCAGAAAUCUAGUGAAGGUGUUAGAUCAUCCGCUAGAGAUUUACACAGGUUCCUCACAUUUAAUGAAACUACCCGCACAACCGAUAGAAAGUACUGUACAUUUGACUGAUAGAUUUGGUAGGAAACAGAUGGUGCCACGUUAUAUUUGGAAGGUAAUAAUCGAUCAUUAUGAGGGUAAUCAACCAGUUGCUAUAGUUCAGAUCAACAUUCCUGAUAUCACCGUGUACCAAGCCUUCUCCUUCAUGCUCUGCAAAGAUAUCUGCCACGAAAUAGAAUGGAUGAGGAACGCAGACUGGAGAAAUGUCAAGAAAGGGUUCACUUUCUGUUGUAACAUUAAGGAAUUCGAAGCAAAAUUUGGAUACAAAGAUGCAUUUAAAACCCGCGAACUAAAUUCAAAAGUUUUAUUAAUAUAAAGUUAAGGAAAUUGUAAAUGAAAAUUACAAUAU